CACAUACACCAGUAAAAUUUUAGAUUUGUGUAGUGUACUUAUAAAAAAAAUAUUAUAUGUAUGUUGAUUCAGCACAAAAAAAAUAUUAAAUAGAAGUAAAUUGAAUGCAAUCACUACUAACUUGCCUAGCCAAGUAAAUACACACAUAUGCAGUUAAUGUAAAUACAUCCACAACAUUUUAACUAGAAUGUGAAAAAAUUCAAACGCUUAAACUAAGCAGAUAUGCUUAAAUUAUACUCGCAUGCAACAACAACUUUAAAUACUUUGAAUUCGCAACGAAAAAGUCCGACUAACUGCUAAAUAAAAUUGUAAAAUUUCAAAUACAAACAAAGAAUUUCCCACAACGCUGCUGUUUGAAUUCUGCAGAGUGGGUCAAUUCGUGGUGGUGGCGAGACUUAAAACGAAAGGAUUUGCGAAAAUAUAUUUAUCUACAUCAGCAUACAAACAUACGUUUAGUAUAUACAUACAUAUGUACGUACGUAUGUACGUAGCAGACAUUAAAAUGUGCGCCACAAGGCAACGGGCUAUCGAAUGCGCGCUAUGCAUGCGAGCGAGCAGCGUGUAAUGUGAUAUUACUUGGUGUGUGUUUGUCCUUUCAUCCUCCAUCCCCACCCUGCUGUCCACACCGUUGCGAUUAAUGCAAUAUGUAGGACGCACGUACAUACAUAUGUAUGUAUGAAAUUCUCAUGCGACUUGAAAAAUAAAAUUGGUGUUGAUUAAAUAAAUUAUAUGUGGAGAACAAAAACAUCUUGUUUGAAGUGUAAUAAAAAUGAACUGUGCUUUUGCGUGCUUAUAAAUCAUAUAAAGCGACAGCCGCUACGCCGCUGCUGCAUGUGAGCACGCAUCGCACUCGUCGACGUAUACGCAACUGGACCACAAGUCAAGGCGCUAAGCGAGGACUCCAUUUGUGGGUCACGCACCUCGUCACCUCGUGUGUAAGUAAAUGGAUUGUGAUAGCAGGCAAUAGGGAGAGAAAAAAAAACAACUUACAGCAUUGGUGUUACAAUGUUUUUGAGAGUGUAUUAGUGCUAAGUGAAUUUAAUUUAUGUAAACAAAAGUGGUGAACAAAUACAAUUUGUAGCAUUAGCGAAUAAAUAAUAACAAAAACAAGUGAAUUAAAAGGCAAACUAGCUAAAGUGUGCAUUUGAAAUAAACAAAAUUACAUACAACCUAAAUAUUCCCUGCUGGCUAAUAUCGUAAUUGUACUCACUCAUACAGUGAAAUUGGAAAAAUCCCAUACACCCACGCGGCCCAUGUAUGGGAAGUAUGCAACCUAUUAUUAGCGAAUGCUAAGGGUGUAUAUUUAAUAGUGCUAAUAGCAAAUAAAUAAAUAUUUAAAGUACUGACUGUGCGGUUUCCGUUGAAUGAAUCCUGGCGGUGCACUUAAUGAACGCCUCAGUUGAUCCAUGAAGCCAACCACGAAUGAACUGCGAUUCUCGGUCUAAUCAUCGUCUAACGAUCUGUUCAGUCUGCUAGAUUUAUUAACAGAAACUGAAUGCUGAUAAAAGUUAUCUACCAAGGCUUAAAUUCAAAUGGGAAUCUAUUAAGAUAUUACUGAUGACUAUCACUUAAAACCAAUAAGUACUUCCAAAAAUAUGAUGCCUUCAAAUGGGGUUCAGAAUCGGCGAAAGUAACAACAAAAUAACUGUUUGCCGGCAUCGAACGCGUUUAAAGUGGUGAUAAUGGUAAGGCAACCAUAAAAAUCUAAAAAACCAUUGCAAGCGAAGCCUUACAAUAAUUAGCAGAAGAUGUAAUUUAAUAAAGAGCGGAUAGGAAACAGAGGUAAUUAGCUCCAAAUUUACUAAUUGCCGUUACCUGCAAACAACAGCAGCAACAACAACGAGUUAAAUAGCAACAACUUCCUUUGGAAACCGCAAAAGCGCAACCAACGUCUAUGGAAAUCCAAUUGAAGAGACGUCGACCACCACAGCAGGAAGAACAACAACAACCAUACCGACUGCUACAAACGCAAUCACAAUACUACCACAACCAACUGCACCAAAAGCAACCUCAGCAGCAAAAACAAAAGAAACACAAACAGCGACGACAACGACCGUCUCAGCCACAACCACAGUCAGAGCCAGAGCAACCACAGAGGAGAGCAACACGCUGUAGCUGUAGUAGUUAUAAUGACGAAAUUAGUUAUAUGCCUCUUAUUUUUCGGACUAUUCACCAUCCAGACGGUCGGCCACAUGAACAGUGACCCAGCGCCAGGCCGUUCACCAGGACCGCCUCCCGCUCAACGAAGUCUCGCUGCAGGGCCGCCCGUGGCGCUAAACGAACGCACCGCAAAAUAUGCUGCCACUACUGCUGCCACUACUGCUCCCGUAACCAUCGACACAGCGACCGCCCUCGGCACUGGGACUACAACAACGGCGGCGCAGAGCCAGCAUCACAGACAAGACAAAAAUGGCGAGCGCACACUGGCACAAACGACAGGCCGCAAUUACGGUAAUAACAGUAACAAUAAUAAUAAAGAUGUUGGGGUGGGCAAAAACAGCAACAACAACAACGAACAACAAUUAGUUUCCGGUAUACCAGAGUUAACCAACACCAAUGAGAUUAACAUCAAAUUAAACAAAUUAGCCGACACGACAACAGCAGCUGACCACGUCGUCGCCAAUGAUUACACAUACGAUAAUGUGGCACACGUGAUGGCAGAACCGCGGCUGGUGCAGAAGUUGCCGGAACCAGCGAGUGAAAUCAUAAAAAAAUCUGUUACAGGCACAGCAGCUGCGGCAGCGUUAAUUGUGCAGGAGGCGAAAACGAACACUAUUAGUAAUGCGAGAUCCUGUCACGAUGGUUUUAGUGAUUUCCUCAACGAUGUAGUAGACGUUGAUGAAGAAGAGCAAGCGGCGGGGAAUGGUGAGGACGUUUUCGAUGCGCGCACGCGAAACGGCGGACACAUGGGACAUCAUUUGUUUAUAGAUUUGCAGCUGGAGCAUAAUGUCUUCGAAACGUCUGCGGCGGGCAUCAAUUGUGGUUUGAUGUAUCAGGGCCAUGAUUACGAAGCCAUAGGCAGCGGCCAUGGCCACUUUCAACAGCAGCAGCAGCAAGUUUUUGCUACCAAAUGGUUGCAACAGAGCUGGGAUAAAGCUAACCAUCGACGGUCGCAAAAUAACAGUAGUCGAAAUGCUAGAAAAAUGUGUCCAGAGAAUAAAUGGCACGGCAGUGCUAAUAGCGAACAACAAAAUGAGCAGCAGGAAACAACCAGUAGUGGGAAUAGCAAUGAGAGCCGUGGAAGUAGCGGUGCUGGUGUCAGGGGCGGACACGCCAGGGAUAGUCGCAAUAAAAUGGCGAACGAAGUGCACACAGAGUCCUUAGGCUUUUGGAUGUUAAAUGAGUUAUGCGAGCAGGAUGAUACAAUCGAAUUCAGAGUUUUUUUUCGUGCGACCUUCCAGAGUGACAGUGCUGGUGACACCAACAACUACGGUAAUGAUAACAGUAGCUACAACAACAACAACAAUGGCAACACAAAACUCGAAGCACAACAUGUGGUGUUCAAAAAAACUUUUAAAUUUCAACUACGUAAAGACUGCCAAUUGCUAUUACGAGAAGUUUCCCGAGGGUCGUUGGAUUACACAGCACUUCCAUUGUACAGCAUCGACUGCUCGGUACAUUUCCCUCCGUAUCGACUCUUCGAGCCAGACAGUCCCUCAGCGACUGCGAAUUUGGAGAAAGGCGACGUCCCACCGGCGGGCAUACUCGUUGAACUGCAGCGACUGAAUGUACCUUGCAACAGCGGUGGCUUCAUACGUUUCAACGAUCGUUCGCGAUUGUGUGGCAAGUUGGAAGAGCUGAAUGCUGCCGAUCGCAGCUAUCACUUUGAUGUGCGUAGUCGCACCACAGUACACUUCCACAAGAGUCCAAUGUUCAGUCUGAGCUACAAGCUAGUAGACUACUGUUACAAUCUUACAACGAGUAAUCAGUCGGGCGAGUAUUAUGUACGCCCAAGCAUGCGCGAUGCACUAGAGUGCUACUUUCGUAUCCAUCUGCCGUACGGUAAUCGCAUAAGUCUAACGCUCGUAACGAACAACGAUAGCGCCAUACUACAGCCAAAUGACGGUAUUCAACUGAAUGCUGCUGGUGAGCAGGACACUUUCAACAUCUACACCACGCAGGGCGUACAACUCGACACGCAGCGCAUAAAUAUGACCGCCAAUAGCGGCACUGGGAGCGCAAAGAAGAAUCCCAUCGCAACAACACUGUUUCGGCGUACCGAGCCCAAGGCGGCGGCACGAACUGAUGAUGGCUCAGGCGCGCGGAAUGCUUACAAUCACACGCGAGAGCAUAUUAAUAAACGCUCUACCAGUGCGCUCGAUGGAUUUCUGAGGCUCAUGGAAAAUCAAGUGAACGAUUUUAACUACGGCGCCAGCGGCAAACCUUUGCAGGCGGUCAAUGAUAUUUCUAACUGUGAUGGCGUAGUUAUUAAGGUAUUCGAAAGCGAUUACAUUCGCUGGUCAUAUUGCAUAAACGACACAAACCGCAUGCGUGCGUUUAUUCUAACCUCAACGGGAAACACGCUGAGCAUACAUCUCUUCAAAGCAUCGCGUGCCACAUAUAAUACCUUGCCUCUAGGUGGGGACUUGAGUUCAGGCACGGACAACAAUACAUCCUUUACUAAACUGCCGACUAUUUAUUUGGCCUACAGAGCGCUGCCUAUUACCGAAAUCGUUUCUAGCUGCGACUUCGGCUGGAUUGCAAUGCAGCAAUUUUGUAUAAACGCCAUCGAAACGGUCAUGUCUUGGCCAGAUGCCGAGGAACAUUGCGUAAAUUUAGGCGGCCAUUUAGCUUCCAUUCGCACUGAACAGCAACAACAAAUAGUCAAUGAGUUAGUUUUCAACAGUCCGGGUUAUAGUGAGCAAAACGCCUACUGGGUCGGUGGCUCGGAUAGCAGUUAUGAAGGAGACUUUCGCUGGAGCGAUGGGCUGUUGUUUCAAUAUACAAACUGGUUUCCGGGAUGGACGGAACACAGUCACUAUAAUAAGCAGCCCAACGAUGAUGGUCUUAGCAGCCAAGACUGUAUAGAACUCCGUCGUUUUUUUCGUACACCGCCAGGUAUUCAAACGAACCGCAACCCAUUGACGAGCACAUUCAUGUGGAACGAUCGCGAUUGCAGCGCGAAAAAUUUUGUGAUAUGUGAGCGAGCGAUGAGCGAAGACUCUUUGCGUCGCAGCUGGAUAAAUGACUGCAAUAAGACUGUCUCGUUGACAAAGGAGCAUCCGCGUGCCGCCAUUUGGAGUCCCUCAUUUCCACGGCAAUAUCCUGACAAUGCUAAUUGUUUUACAACAAUAACAGCGCCAACGGGCUAUCGCGUUGUCAUCGAAUUUGAGGAGCUUGUGAUCGAGAAUGAAGCGGGUUGUAGCUAUGACUAUUUGGAAAUUACCGAACCCACGCACUACGAUAAUUUCAAGACUACAAAAUCUUCCAAAAACAAAAACAUGUUAAAUAUAAAUAAUAGCACUAAAAGUAGUAUUAACAUAAGUAAAACCUUUCGAAAGCGAAGUUCUUAUGAGAAACCUAGCCUUAGUUCAUCGCAUACUAUGCCUACAUCUACAUCUACAUCUAGUAAUUCUAAUACAAACUCCUAUUCUAAUACGUAUACUAAUUAUGCUAAUGCGAAUGCUGUAAAUAAUAUACAUAUGGAGGCGAAUAUGAAUUUGAAUGUGAACGCAAAUGCAAACUACAACACCAACUAUUUGUAUUCGAAUAGUUAUAACAACUAUAAUCUCGCGCAAACGAAUUAUCAAAAAUUGCUACACAUCUUCUCGAGUCUCUACCGACCGCACACGAAUUACUUAAUACAGACACCGGACUAUCCACGAGGGAAUCCCAACUAUCCAGCUAAUCAUCACAAUCGCAUGCGCUCCGCAAUCGGCAAUGUGAAUUCGAAUGCGUUGCCAAAACGUUUAUGCGGUGAUUGGAGCUCCAAACUGAAGUUGUUGCGUCACGUCUCGACAGGCUCAUAUUUGGGUUUGCACUUCGUAUCGGACUACUCGCACCACUUUGGUGGCUACAAAGCUAAAACUUAUAUGGAGAAUAAAUGGACCGACGACACAAGGAUGAGUUUCCAGGGUUGGUUGCCUGGUCAAGGACAAUUUGAGGAACUGCCCAAAGAUGCUAUUUGUUUGGGGCUGCAAUGGAAGAUGUCGCCAACGCCAAUGCUCCCGUCAGGUUUGUAUUGGCAAUCGCAAAAGUGCAGUAAAGGCGGUGGAUAUGUGUGUAAAAAACCGAAGGACUCAUAUGGUACAUUUUCCGCCAACAACCUAACUGUAACAGGUACAGAGGGCAGGCUGGUGUCACCAGCCUACCCCGACACUUAUCCCCUCAACAUGGACUAUUGGGUACACAUCAAAACACCAGAGCGUACCCGCAUUAUACUUCAGUUCCAAAAGAUAGAUUUAGAGCCACAGGAUGAGUGUCUUUACGAUUUUGUGAGCAUAGAAGAUUACGAAUUAGCCUCUCACAUAACCCUAGAGCCCGGGAGCAAUCCCUUGCCCAUGGCUAUGUUAACUUCAGAAGAAGAACUGACAUCGACCGACAAUGAAGUAGACAUCGGUGAAUUCGAAUCAGAUUACAGUAAACGACCGAAACGUAGCAUAAGAAGAGGUCUGCAUACACCUCCAAAGCAAGGGAACUACGAAAGCCCCAACACUGCCAAAAAGGAAUAUACAAAACAAAGUCAUACUAGGAAAACUUUAGUACACAAAUAUGAAAAAAGCAGAAGAACGCACAGCGCGAGGCAAAGAUUUAGGCGAGAGGUGCUUUCGAAACCGCCACACAAGACCAAUAGGUGGAUUCACACGGCACACGGCGGCGCCAUUAGCGUCAUAACGAAAUAUCAAAAUCCUAAACAUCGCCGCCGAAAAGCGAAAAGACCGCGACGCAAGCGCAAUAGUAUUUUAGAUGAUGGAGAUCCACUAAUGGUACCACUACCUGUGGAUAAUGCACAAUCAUUCCUGCCAUAUGUACGCUGGUGUGGCACGCACACCUCAAAUAUGUCCAAAUUUGAUUUUGUUUCCAGCUCAAAUGAGGCUAUGCUGAAUUUUCAUAGCGACUACUCUGUGAAUGGUAUGGGGUAUGCGGCCACAUGGAAGGCCAUCGAUAUAUCUGGUUGCCCGCUACAAACGCUAACCUCACGCGAGGGCACCGUCCUCAGUCCGAACUAUCCACAUUUUUUACUCAACAAUUUGAAUUGUGCUUACGUGAUACAAGCGCCAGCCGGUAAACGCGUCUGGCUCGAGUUCAAUGAGUUCGAUUUGAAAGUAGACGCAAGUUUGGAAGUGGACAUUGGUAGCGGACUGCUGCGACCGUUUCGCACAAAAGAACUAUUGAGCGAGGGUAUAUUCGUAAGCGAGCGUGAACAGCUGCGCAUACAGUUUCGCACUGGACCACAUCCGCGCGGCAAAGGGUUUCAAGCUGUCUACCGCACAGUGGCACCCUUGGAGCGACGUGAGCGUAUAAUCAGCUUGAACUACAACAGCAGCGGACAACUCUAUCAACUCAACUACCCGCAUGCAAUGCCAGAAAAUGUAGACUUUACACACCAUUUGGUGGCGCCGUUUGGUCAGAAUAUUUUGCUAGAGCUACAUGGCGUUGAGUUUAGCGAGAAUGGCGGUUGUCCCGAUGGCAGCUUGCUAGAGGUCUAUGACAACUAUGCCGACAACAAUGGCACAAACUGGCAUUUAUGCAAGUUUCAGCAGCCUACUACUCUGCCACACAUCGGUUCACCAGACAAUCAACAGACCUCAAAAUAUGGUGGUCAUAUGCAGGAGACAUUUUAUAACCGUGACCGUCCCAACCGUUUAAUGAUACCAACAACGAAGGCGAGCAGUAGUCUUCAAAUGCGUGUAGUAGAUGCCACAGCGCCACCUGUGUAUAUAACAUCCUACCUAAACACGCUGCACAUACGCCAGCGCACAGGUCUGCACUCGAAUGCGCUACUAAAUGCAACCGUGUCAAUACAAUGGGAUAAUACCUAUAAAAUGAAAUUGACUGCCGGCGAUAUUACAGUCGAAUCCUGCCAACCAAAUCCCUGCCAGUUUAAUGGCAAAUGCGUGCCCAACAAUGGGUCGAACUAUUGUCAAUGCCAGGGGCACUACACGGGCAGAUUUUGCGGUUUGAAUAUUUGCGAGCUCGAACCCUGCGUGUUUGGCAGAUGUGAGUUGACUACAAAUAGCUUCAAGUGUCAAUGUCAGCCGGGUUACAUGGGUCAAACCUGCGAGCAAAAACAAAGGCCUUGUGCUGAGAAUCCCUGCGAAGGACGUGGCGUUUGUUUUGAAAGAAAUGGUGGCUACUUUUGUCGUUGUCAUGCUUGGUGGGAGGGUGCAAGGUGUGAGCGCCGUAUGCUGCAUAUACCUUAUAAGCCGCUAUCGGAACGCAUGCUACAAGAACCAUUUUGGCUGGGUUUAAUCACAGUUUUUGUUGUAUUGGCUGUCAUCGGCUUGGUGUGGUGUGCUAAGCGGCACUUCCCAGAGAAGAUCGAAAAACUACUAGCCGAGGAAGCAGAUCGAAAUCGACCACCUGGUUCCAUACAUGGGCAUCAUCAUCACACAUCAUUACGCGAGCAAUUGCAAUUUACAACUGCCAUACCACAGUCAACCGGCAAUAUCGCACCGGGCACACAGCGCUCCAUAUUCAACAGAUUGGGUAUCAGAAAACCGUCACUUUUGAGCCUCAGCAGCCCCAAUCCAAUACCUGGAGGGGGAGGGGCAGCAGCGCGUACAUUUUCACUUGACGAUCUAUUACGACCGCCUCCCCGACGUUCGCCGUCACCACGCAAGAAGCGCAACAAUUCGACACCUGUAAAGAAAAAUGCCGCUGAAAAGAAGCAAAUUCUGCAGCAAUUGGUUUCACCAGCGCCCAAUGUAGACAAACCCAAAGUCAGUUUGGGUGAGCUCAUCAAUAUGACUGAGACACAUUUACGUGCGACUAGUAAUGUCGAUUCAGAGAGUGAUGUGAAAGAGACGACAUUCUCAGAGAACUCCGGUUCAUUGACAUCGACCAAUGUCGCGAAUGUUGCACGCACAAUUGCCGAUCCGAAGUUGGAGAAGAAAGUAACAUUCGCACGGCUGCUAAACAAAGUCUCUGCCGAAAUGAGUUCCGGUUCGGAUAUGGAUAUUGGACAUAUGGCGAAUACACGGAAUUCAAGUGCCCUCAGUCUGCCAACUGACAUACAGUUUCGCGCCAGCUCAGUGCCUCCAUCACCGUGCACAAAUGAUAUACGUUCACCGCACAGCACUUCAUCGAAUCAGGGUAGCGACUCACUAUCAAGUUCCGAUCUAGCACUGACCGACUUUGGUUUGCGUUCGAUGCAGACCAGUGCCAGUGAGAUUGGUGGUAGCACAAAUCACAAUGCCCAUCUGCCGGUCGGUGUUGGUGGUAUGGGUUUUAGUGGUCCAUCUUCACGUAGUCGCAUCGGCACAACAGCACGCCCGAAAGUCUCCAGUGCCGACUCCAUUUUAGCCAUGUUCCGUAAUCUUGCUUCUUCUUCAAAUGCAACCUCAACAACAACUGCCUCAAACACUGCUAACAUAACGCAAAGCGCAUCUGUAUAUGUAUCACCAUCAACAACCCCAACCGCUUCUAGUCCACAAGAUGAUGCACCCGGUGACGAUGAGUCAUCCACUUCGUCUAUGCAUACACCGGUUAGCUUCUCUAGUGGACCACCCGAUUCGCCUGUGUUCUAUCGUCAAACCACCAUAGAGGUGCCCGUUCUCGAUGUACUCAAUGCGCACAAAUCCUCAUCGACACCAUCAUCGUCCAAUUCGUCAAGUUCAACGAAUUUGUUGCACCCACCGACGAUACUGCUGGAAAUACCCAGCAAUGGCAUCAACAAUAAGUGUCUGUCGCCGAUUCGUGAAAUGCCUACACCGAUCCCAUCGCCGGCGCUUACACCAAUCAUGCCACGGCCGCAACGUUCGAACAGUCCAAUAUUUCAGGACGAUCCGCUGUCGUGUGGCGAUUAUAGUGACGAUGAGCAGAGGAGUAUGCGUAGUGAUUGCAGUGAUGAGCAAAUGUCGGAGAAGAUUGUACUGGAUCUGCAAACGGGUAAAACGCAUGUCAUUAUUGAGAGUGACGUUGAGACUUCACCAACUGACACGGCAACCACCUCAAUGGCUGGUCAGAACAAGCAAGCGGAGUCGCUGAAUAGAUUACCGCUCUUACGUUUCUCACCACCGACGCCUACAACCGGCGAACGCCAGUCGUCUACUUCCAUUACAAAUGCUGGGGUAGUGGCAUUGAAGCCACCCGCGAUUGUCAUCGAUGUGGAGCCGCCAACACCAGAAGAGAAAACACCACGACCUCGUGAUCUAAUUAUACCAACAUUAACUGUGGAACAUCCAAGUCCAACGAAGAAUCGCCAUCCGAUGAUCAUAUUUCCAGGAUCGCCACCACCGCAACGGGCCAGCAUAGGUGAAACAAGUUUUAUGUUUCCAAAUAAGCAACAACAAAAAAGGCUCUUAAAACAAUUCGAUAAACCCAACUCGCUAGAAUUUCCCUUUGUACCACCCAUGAUUACCGUCACUUCCAACAUGAGUGAACUGGAAUCGGACACCGAACCAUUAUCUCCGGCCACGAAAACGUGCAACCCGGGUGGCCUAAUGCCACCGAACCCGGUUGGUAUGUGCUACCUGAGCCCGUUCACAAUGUGCAGCCGUGCCGACCGCACCAUCUCCGAAAGCAAUCUCAGCUCUUCCGGCUACUCGAGCAUGGCAAGUCCUGGGCCAAGCCGCUGCGGCUCAAGCAAUCCUUUGUAUCCCGGUGAAAUGGAUGAGCCAGGCAGCGGCCAUUCCAGCGGUGGGCUCUCUCUGCAUGUAAAUCUUUUGAACCGACGCAAGAACUCCGCCCUCGCCAGCUGCAAGGAGAAUAUAACCAAUGGCAAGGGAACGGACGCCGAAAGCGGCGCGACCGGUAGCAGCACCGAUCAACUGCACAGACCACGUUCCGACUCUGAGACAUUCUCUGAUGAAAUCAUUUUAGAGUCCAACGAUGAAGGUAUCGGUACUGACCAUGUCGAUGAAAAAUUGGAUGAUAGCCGUUUGAGCAGCAAUCGCUUCAAAACAUUAGGUGCCUACAUGGCAGAGCACGUCUUAAUCGAAGUGGACGAGCCGCAGCAGCAGCCGACAACCACGAGUGCCGCUAGCUGCACCACCAGCGCGGGCAAUCAAAUGGCACAACUGCAACUGCCUUCCAUUGUGAUACAAAUCGACGGCAAUGAAAAGGGUCUCUCACCAGUGUCGUCACGCUCGGAAAGUCCGCUGAGCGAACGCGCUAGCAUGGGCCGCUUUUCACCGCACUUCUAUGGGCGAAAAGAUCAACUGCCUUUCACUGAUUCAGAUGGACUCUAUGACUUUCCAUCGUCGGAUGGGAAAGGCGGCUCCUUUACCCAUCAGCGUCGCAGCAGCAGUAAAAAGCGUGAACGUAAGUCAUCCAAAUGCUCCGCAACACAGUCACCCACAAAGCAGCAGCUCGACUUACCGAGCAAGGAGUCGCUAACCACUUCGACAACAACACCGAGCAGCAGCGGGCAUGUGUGCAGUAAACAUUGUCUUUCGCAUCACCACACUUGUCCGGCAUCGGCAACUACCACACGCAAGAGUCCAAAGCGACGACUCAAUAGUAGACCACCGGUGGCGAGUAGCUCUUCCUCAUCGGAAAGUCUGGUGUCUCCGAAGGAGUUGACUGCCUCAAGGCCACUUCCGCGGCGUCUGAACUCGCCAAAUAGAGAGAAACGUCCGCGAAAGCAGGAGAGUCUGAGCGAAGAAGAAGUAGCUGAUGCCUUGCUGCGGAGAAUUUCACCCAGCAUUGUAAAAGAAGAUACCGAAACAGUUAAGCCGAAAUGUAAAAUAAAUCGUUUGCGUGCAAUCGGAAAUCAAAUAAGAUUUUUGCGACGCCUCAAAAAAUCCAUAAAAACUCGUGAGCGUUUAGCUUCACCAUCGGAUAGCUGCCCGGAAGAGAAUACCGACGACAUGGACUCACCGCAGGCUACAUCACCGCUACUGCAACCGCAAUCGCCCAGCAAGACACGCAUAGCGUUGUGUCGACAAAAGCGACUGCCGAGCGGUACGUAUGGCAUUACAGCAGCUGCAUUGAAUUCCAGCAAUUGGAAGGGUAUGGAUCGUAGCCUAAUCGGUGAUGACUUAAAUAGCGAUUAGACUAACAAGGACCCAGAAGUACAAGUAAGACAUGCUUACGUACGUACAUAUAUACUACAAAUUUACUUGCAUGGAACAAAAUAAAAAGCGAAAGGCUGAAAUAUACGAAUAUUACGUAAUACGGAAAUGUUAAAAGCAUUACAUGCAUCUGUAUAGGUUGUAGGUGUAAGUAAGUACAUACUUAGUAUUCAUUAAUAAUUAGUUAGUUAAGAGUUGAACAUGGAAUUGAUUUUUCGUGAAUGUAAUCCAGUGGUAGGUAAAUAAAUAGGUAGACAUAUUUACAUACAUACACUUGUGCACAUACAUAAACAAUAUACAUACAUGUACGUUCAUUAUAGGGUAAGUAAAUAGCAUAAUUCUUAAAACUCACGCUUAAAAAAAGAACACGAAAGUUAUUGAUUGAAAUGGUUCCAUAGGGCGAGCAAGUACGUACAUGUCAAGACCUAAAUACAUAUACAUUUGAAAGUAUGUACAUAUUUAUUCCCAAGCAAUAGAAUUAUUCUAAAUUCCCUACCAGCGCCGACAUUUAAGAACAGCAUAUAAAACUUAGCUGAAAAUAAAUAAGUAAAAUAUAAAAAGAAAGUAUUUUUCAUAAAAGUAUAUUUCAGGAAAUUAAUAUUCAUUCCAUUUGUACAUACACACUAUGCUUACAUAUGUAUAUUUAAUAUAUAAGCAACGAAGUUUAAAUACAAAUAUUGUUAGGUAAAUAAAUAUUUAGAAACACUUAAUGGAAGAAAUGUGCUCAACAAUUUGCGCUGUGUUAAUUUUUUUGACGAUAAAAAAUACCAACGCAAAAACAAUAAGUAAAGUAAAACGUUGUAGUCAGUGCGGUGGAAUCAAUGUCUCGAAAUUCACCAAUUAGAUUGCAUACAUUCAUAUGUACAUAUGUUUAUCAUGUGUUAAUUUCGCAAUUUAAUUUUGUUAUGCAAAAUGAUCUCUAAUGUGCUGAACGUUUUCCUGUGAAAUUUUUGUUUUUAGUUUAAAAUAGGCCCCGAGAAAACGUUCGCUUUUUGUUUAGUUAUGCACGAGAACAUAAUGUAAUGUAAAACUAAAGGGGAACUAAACUAUUAAGAGCAGUUUGAAUGAGAACAAAAGUUUCGGGAACUUUUUAGUAAAGAACAAAAGUCUCGAAACGCUCUCACAAGGAAAAAAUGAGAACGAACCCCCUCAAGAACAUUCUCAAGAAGAAGAGAAUGAGAAGGAAGCUUUCGGGAACGUUUGCAAUGAGAACUAAAGUAUGGAUAACGUUUUAAAGAAGGAUAAAAUAAGAACAAAAGUCUGGGGAAAAAACCAAAACAAAAGUUUUGAAAACUUAACGUUGAGAGUGAGAGCUUACAGUGGUUCCAAAUUAGCAUUUUGUGUGCACAAUUCACUGGAGCCUUCAGUUUUCACUUACUUUGACUUUUUUUUAGAUUACAGCUUAUAAAA